AUGAGUGGCUACAAUACAGACUGGACGGAGGUCAGAUACGGCCGGAGGGCCCGACGUUUCCGCCAGCAAUCCUGGGACCGUAGGGACGGGUACGGAUGGGGGAAGGCCCGUGCAUUCCCCGCUCCUUAUGGGAGACGGGAUAGAGUCCCCUCACCUUACCAGCCAGUGCCUCCUCCAAGACCGGCACGUUUCUAUGGUCCCCAAUCAAAAACCUAUGCAUCUGUGGUGGGCCGCCAAUUCAAUCCGAGACCGGCCCCACGAUUUUAUAAAAAUCCACCGGUUCAGCAGCAUUCGGACAAUAUUAGGAGACAGCCAGCUGACCCGCAGUUCGGGCGGCUGGUCAGGACUAUGCAUAGUCUUAUAAAGAUAGUGCACCAUUACCAAAAUGUUGCUCCAAAAGCCGGGAAGGGAGAACCCAAAAUCAUCUCCCGGAUGGUUGAAGUGCUAGCCACUAUGAUCAAGCCCGCAGUUCCCACUCAGCGAACUAUGGAGUUCAUUAAGGGAAAUGCAGAGAACUGGGGCUACAACACAGUGACCAUUCUGAUGGAUCACUAUAAGGACGGUUUGGAUGUGGUCUUGGGGGAACUUGAGGGAAUUUUGAUUCCACGGUGGAAGGAUGCCUUUGAAGUGGCGGUACGUUGGGCAAAACGAAACCUGCCCCGGAUCACAGCAGAUGUUAUAGAUCACGCAGAGGCCCUUAUCACAGAGAGAGCUGAGGCCCUUCUGACAGAGAGAACAGAGGUUAGAGAGGAAGCACCCCAACCUACUGUUCAAAAGAACAUAACAUUGCAGUCAUUGAGGGGAACUAAGAGUCACGGGCUAAACAUCCAACCACCGGCCAAACAAUCAGUGGCCACGAUGACCGAACAGGUCCAACAGACAGACUCUGAAUGGGCAAGUUCGCCCAAAGAACAGAGACAGGCCUACAGAGGGAGAAAAGGGGUGGUGUUGCCUGAGGACGAAGUUUUUGUAGAGGAGGUUGAGGAGGUUGAAGAACAGCCUAGAGUCAUACAUGACCAGAUUUUGACAAACUCACAGUUAGCCACAUUGUUUGAUGAGCUAGAUGCAGAAGAGGAACGGGAGAGGUUGGAGGCAAGAGCAGCUAGGGAACCCCCUAAAGAUUCAGAGCAACAAACCUCGACCCCAAACCAAACAGAGGUUCAGGUUCAGGUUUUGAGAGAAGCAUUUCCUGAGCCAGCUGAGGUUGAGGCUUUGAGAUCGGAAGAUCCGGGUCCAGAUCCGGACGAUGGGGAUGUCUUUCAAGACUCAUCGGACAGAUUUUUGAGUCCAGAACCAGAGCGUUUUAAGGUGAACUGUCACAGUAAUACCCAAAGAAAACUAACUGAAUGGGAUUUGGUCGUGGAGAAAAAGUAUCUGAUCAUUGGGGACUCUAACUUGAAACACAUACCACCUUAUUUUAACAAAAAUCUGCAGAUUGACAGUUUUCCAGGGAGCCAUUUUCGCCAUGCACAGACCCUUAUGGAAAAAACAGCACCCCCACAAGAUUUGGUGGUUGAGAAAGUAGUUCUGGCAUUUGGAAUCAAUGCUAGAGAAAACAAAAGUGAUACAACAAUUAAAAAUGUGCAAGGAGCUAUCCGAUCUACUAAGAGGAGCUUUCCUUAUGCACAAGUGUGGGUCCCUUUGAUCAACUUUUCAUCAGCCCUCCCCAGUGAUGAAAAGGAAAACUUACAGAGUCUUAAUGCCCAUAUUAAAAAGAAUAUGGGGUUUAUUCCCCCUUUGCCAGAAGAGAAAUUCGAAACAGCGGCGGACGAUAUUCAUUGGACAGCAGAGACUGGGGCAGCCAUGUUUGACCACUGGACGGCCUUUUUAAACUUAAGCGCCCCUUAA